AUAAGAUGGGAAGUUAUAGGCUGGUGUUCGUAAAGACUGCAUGCUCUUCCAUUCCUUUCCUCUAUGAAAGUAUGAAAGCCUCACACACAACCGACCCUUUCUCUCUGUAGUAGUGUUUAUACUUCCUCGUUUAGGGCUUUGAAUGGAGCAGCGGCAUUUAAGAGAGCAGCGUGGCGCCUUGAAUCGCGUCUCCAGCAAUCGCAGCAGCGGUAGCGACGAUCCAUCAAGAUCGAUGGAGAUCACAAGGCGCUCGUGCUCGUGUUCCCGGCCGCGAAAUCUCUAGCGCCGGUUCCGGGCGAGAUUUCUUAGCGGAUAAGCGGAGAUUAUGGUGGAUCGCCAGAGCAGCUGCGUGCCUUGUCCUUGCCCUGUCAGUGCCAGAUUCCACCCUCAUUCCUUCUUUGCCGUGGAAUAGACCAGCUCGCUAACGCGACGGUGUGUCGGCAAGCCGCAGCUCUUCUGAUCAGAGGCCCACAGGAACUGCGCUUUAACUCAAUGCCGGAUGGAAAGGUUAUAGGGACAAAGCUAUAGUCGCCACUCCCUCGGCGCGAUUAUGCUCCCUGUGGAACAGGCUAUGGCGGACAGGUUACGGUGCUCAGUGAAGAGAGUCCUCUCCGGAUCUUCGUCCGGGCAAUGCAGAUCUACCAAGAUGAGAUAGCGGGCUUGUAAUGUAGGUGGCUCAAGUUUCUUUGGAUCAAGGGAAGGGGAGUUCUUUAAAGAGGGAGCGUUAUGGCGUGCAUUUAGUUUCUUGAGGAGCAGACCACACAGGGUAACAGGAAAAGGCGGAUUCAAUGGCAAUGGAGUCCAGGAUGGAUCAGUACGAGAUUAUGGAGCAGGUUGGGAGAGGGGCAUUUGGUUCUGCGAUACUCGUCAAUCACAAAAUCGAGAAGAAGAAAUAUGUGUUGAAGAAAAUCAGGCUUGCGCGACAGACUGAUAGGUGCAGGAGAUCUGCUCAUCAAGAGAUGGCACUUAUCGCUGGGAUAACUCAUCCGUACAUUGUCGACCACAAGGAAUCCUGGGUCGAAAAGGGAUGCUAUGUUUGCAUCGUUACUGGAUAUUGUGAAGGGGGUGAUAUGGCCGAGAUGAUCAGAAGAUCCAACGGAACGUUCUUUCCUGAAGAGAAGCUGUGCAGGUGGUUUACGCAGCUUCUUCUAGCUGUGGAAUACCUUCAUUCGAAUCACGUACUACAUCGUGACUUGAAGUGCUCGAACAUAUUUUUGACAAAAGAUCAAGACAUUCGACUUGGAGAUUUUGGCCUUGCCAAAUUGCUUAAAGCAGAUGAUCUAGCUUCAUCUGUGGUUGGGACCCCAAAUUAUAUGUGCCCGGAACUUCUUGCCGACAUCCCAUAUGGCUUCAAAUCAGAUAUAUGGUCGUUAGGAUGUUGUAUGUAUGAGAUGGCUGCUCACCGACCUGCUUUCAAAGCCUUCGAUAUGCAAGGAUUGAUCAGUAAAAUCAACAAGUCUACUGUAGGACCUCUACCCAACAACUAUUCCAAUACCUUAAAGUCCAUAAUCAGGAGCAUGCUGAGGAAAAAUCCAGAACAUCGCCCAACGGCAGGAGAUCUGCUUCGUCAUCCACAUCUGCAGGCACAUGUUACACUAUGCCAAACUCAAGUUAGCCUUCUCAAAUCUUCUACACCGGAUAGGCAGUCAAAACACCGACCUCAAAACGGAGAUGCCAGUCGAAUAAGCAACUCGAGCAGUGGCAAGGACAGCUAUAACAGUGGAAAGAGCAGUCCUUGCAGAACUUUCGACUCUAGUGAUUGUCGCUGGGGUGGUGCUCAAGAUAACAUGGUAGAUUGCUCCAGUCCAAUAUGGAACGACGCUGCUUCUGGAAAAGAAACGUCGAGAUCGUCCAGUCAGUACCUUUCGGCUAAUGCCUUGCCACUGUCACCGACAGAAGAUACGGAUCUACAAGACGUAGCAUGGGCCGAGGACAGCCGCAUGGGAAAGCGGCACCACUGUGCUAUUUCGAAGGGAACGGAAAACACCUCGACUGAAAAGGAUGAGGGGGAUGAGAAGUUUCCAAUCAGCAGCUCACCGGCUAGAGUGACUCAUGUUAGCCGUGCUAUAGCUUCUCCGCCUUCCCGGACUCCUGAAAGAUCGAGAAUGAAAACAGACGUCGGGUACAAAGCAACUCAAAUACCACUACCAAAGCACAUAGCUAAAGUGAAAGCCGAGCUUGUUGCCACACCUGUCUUCGCUCUACAACCUGUCGAAGAAAAACUCCCAGCUGCAAAAGCCACACGUUCUCCGGCUUUUGGAAGUCCAGCUCAAAGGUCUACUCUGCCGAAGGCGUCCGCUGGAAGAAGAAGUUCCUCGCCACUAAGAAGUCGAAUUCCGGCAGCGAGCAACUUCCAGAACGGAACGCCUGUGAGCAAUACGUACAAGAAUCGAAUUUUUGAGGACGCCGCAUGCGAUGCUCCAGUCUCGACUGAGCCAUCAAAACUCGCACCUUUCCAUCCUCGGGUGGCGAAUACUACCAAACGCGGUGAGUUUGUUGUCGACGAGCAGCUUUCUUCUGUUCAGUCCGAUUCGGAUCAGGUACUUGGCUCGGUCAGUGGGGAGUCUCCAGAUGUUUCGAUGAACGCACCAAGGCUGGAUUUGAUUCCAGAGUUCCCUCUCGCCAGAGCGGAAACUCUCUGUGGUGUUACCGAAGCAGUCGCCAGAGACUCGGCAGCAACUGACAGGUUUCAAGCUCCGGAACCAUCAGUUGGGCAGUCUCACUUCAAAAUGGAGUCUCCAUGGCUGAGCUACAAGAAGAUCGACUCUUCGCCAACUUUUCUAAGAAUGAACGGGUUCCCGCCUCAGCCUCCAUCUCCAGCACUCCCUGCGGUGAUGCAACAAGAAAAGCCAAGCUACUCGUCGACGUGUGACUAUGAAGAAGACAAUCUCCGGGAAAGCACCAAAUCAGUGACCAAGCUGCUGAAUAGUUUCCAGAGGGUGGACGCCGAGGACAAGCCAGAGGAGAAAGAAGCGAUCCUCCGUCCGGAAACGCCGUGUGCAUGCUCCGAAGACCAGGACAAGCCUGCGGCGGCCAUGAUGGAUCGAGAGUGCGAGUCGGAAGAGCUGGCGGACAGGUCGACGGAGAAGGAGACGGUCUCUUCCUCGUACAAGUCCUACGACUGCGAGAGCGAGCAAGGCGGCAGCAACAACAGGUCCCAGGAGAAAGGCACCAUACAGGUCUACGACAAGUCCCCGGUCCAGGUCCGGCCAGCUUACAACGACGUGAUUCACGUCAUCCGCCACAGCACGUUUCGGAUCGGAUCGGGAGAGCAACAGCAGCAGCAGCAGUCGGAUCAUCCGCUCGACAGCAGCGAGUUGGAGCUGCCAGGCAAAGUUGACAUUGGAUGCUCGGUGAUCGAGCUCCAGAGCUCGGACAAGGACGUCCUCUCGGUCUCUUCGUCGGGUACGACGGUGAGCAGCAGCCAUCCAUGCCCGCCAACGCCGGAGGUGUUAGUGUCACAGCAGCAAGCAAGCGAGGAGAACCGAUCGAGCAGCAAAGGGAUCGACGUGAAAUCGUUCCGGCAGAGGGCGGAGGCGCUGGAGGGGCUGCUGGAGCUGUGCGCGCAGCUGCUGUCGCAGCACCGGCUGGACGAGCUGGCCAUCGUGCUGAGGCCGUUUGGCAGCGACAAGGUCUCUCCGCGCGAGACGGCCAUCUGGCUUACGCGCAGCCUCAAGGGAGUUUUGCAAGCGGAGGAUCACAACAUCCCAGAUCAUACAUAGCUUUUUGUGAAAAAAAAAAAAAAAAACAGAAGAUACGAAUGCUUUGAUAUUGUUUUCAUUCAUAACCACACUCUCGCGCCAAAUGAGGCCACAGACUUGUCG